CCGCCAAACAGCGGGAUCCGAGCGCGGCUGCGCUUCCUGAUGCGCCGCUACGGCUGGUGGGCCCUGGCCGUGUAUAUGCUCGCCUCCGUCUUCGACUUCAGCCUCGCCUUUGCCAGCAUCCACCUGCUGGGCGCCGACCACAUUCGCGAGCUCGAGGAAAAGGUGCGGGAGAAGGUGGGGAUGGGCAAGCGGGAAAUGGAAGACGAGGAGGCGGCAAAAAUGGGAGCCGGCUCGGGCACGCUCUGGACCGAGGCCGUGCUGGCCUACACGAUCCACAAGACGCUGCUCAUGCCCCUGCGGCUCGGCAUCACCGCUGCAUUCACGCCCCGCUUCGUCAAGUGGAUGGUCAAGAUGGGCUGGGCA